AAACAUAUCAGCUGUUUUUUUUGCCUAAGUAGGUUCCCAUCACCAGCCGCCAUGGGGAAUAUGUUUGCAUCGCUCUUUAACAUGUGGAAGAAGGAGAUGAGGAUCCUCAUGGUCGGUCUGGAUGCUGCUGGAAAGACGACUAUUUUGUACAAACUGAAACUUGGAGAGAUUGUGACUACAAUUCCCACAAUAGGUUUUAAUGUAGAGACAGUAGAGUACAAGAACAUCAGUUUUACAGUAUGGGAUGUCGGUGGUCAAGACAAAAUUCGACCGCUGUGGCGUCAUUACUUCCAGAACACACAGGGUCUCAUCUUUGUUGUGGACAGCAACGACAGAGAGCGAUGUCAGGAGGCUCGUGAAGAGCUCUCUAGAAUGUUGGCAGAGGACGAGUUGCGUGAUGCCGUGCUAUUAGUUUUUGCCAACAAACAAGACCUUCCAAACGCUAUGAAUGCAGCAGAACUCACAGACAAGUUGAAUCUUCACAAUCUACGUGGCAGAAACUGGUACAUCCAGGCUACCUGUGCCACCACUGGGGAUGGCCUCUACGAAGGACUGGAUUGGUUGUCUAGUCAACUCAAAAACCAUUAAUAAUCACCUGCUCUCUACAACUAAUCUACUCCACCCAAUCUCUGACCUUGCUCUUUACUCUAAAGGUGUUGCAAAGCUGAGUUACCCGCUCCUAAAAUCCUCCCCUAAGCUGUUAUUAUCACACACACACAUGCCAGUGGUGGAGAGGAUCUGUUUUUGGAAAGCUGUCAGGUUUUAUUUAAUGUAAUUGUAAAUAUAUUUGGUAAUGGGGCAGCUUAUUGCACUCUUACAAAUCCUACCAUGGUCAUUUCUCUUUCUGGCUGUUGGGCAGCCAUUUGUCCAUUAAAUAAGAAAUAGGAGGUGAGGAAUAAGAAUUUACCAGCACAUUUGCCCAGGACCGCAAUGCAAUCUGAUGAUUUGUCAUCAGGUCACAUGUACUGUAGGAAGUGAUCCAUGUGGGGCUUAUAAUAAU